AUCUGACAAAGCUUCUCCCCAGUGUGCGCUGUGAGUGGAAGCUGCAGCACACAGAAGGUUUCCUGCUGGUGCCACUCUCUCUGAGCGUUUAAUGGAGCUGCAGCUGUUCAAAUGUGGACUUUUAAAACUUAACUCAGCCUGAAUAAAGUCAGGUGAGAGUGGAUGGAUCUUAAGACAGGAAUUCAUGCACUACGGAGAUGUUUGUCCGGCGGUGCUUUGCUUGGAUACUUCUGGGAGGAACCUUUUGCUUGGUGGUUCUUGGGCAACAUCAUGCCAAUUUCACCUUCAGUAAGAAAGCAUCACCUGAACUCAACACAGCCCAAGACCCUUCUUCACAUGAAAACUGGGCACUCCAAACUAGAAGUUUAACUCAGAACACCAAACUACCCAUCAGUCCUUUUAGUCCUCUUUCAAAGCAGGGACUUCUGGAAAUACUUGGAGGAAAAUCCAAGUCGCACUCCGACCCGUCUUUAAAGAUAAAGCUUCGACCCAUUAUGAAAGUCCAUGGAACAUCUAAAUUCUCCAGGACGUUCAGUUGGGGGGACUUUUACUCAAACAUCAAAACCGUCAAACUGAAUUUGCUGAUAAUGGGCAAGAUCGUGGAUCACAGGAACGGCUCUCUCGGAGUCUAUUUCCGCCACAACUCCACAGGUGUGGGCAACGUGUCAGUCAGCCUUGUACCGCCUAUAAAAGAGGUGCAGUUCGACCUGGAGCGCCAAAGCGUGUUCAACCCAAAAGAUUCAAAAACGUUCAACUGCAGGGUGGACUAUGAGAAGACUGAGCGCACCAAAAAGGUGAUGCUGUGUAACUAUGACCCGUCUAAGACGUGUGCUCAGGAGCAGACCCAGAGCCACGUCACCUGGAUGUGCUCCAAACCCUUCCAGGUCAUCUGCAUCUACGUGUCUUUCUACAGCACAGACUACAGACUGGUUCAAAAAGUGUGCCCAGACUACAGCUACCAGAAUCCGGCAGACUACCCACCCACGGGUUGACCAGAAGUCAAGGACACUCGAGGAGAAUAAUGUUGCAUUGAAGACAUUUUUAAUUUCUCUAAAGAAUGUUAGGUUUACAAUUUACCAACUCCUUUAAAGUAUGUUUUAGUGACAGCUAUUUGCUUGUUGUAGACUACAAGAACUGUAUUAGACGUUUUUAGUAUUAUAUAUAUAUAUAUAUAUAUAUAUAUAUCUCAAAUAUUUCACUUUUAUUUUGCAUGUACCUUGUACACUUUUGUCAUAUGUCCUCCUUUCUUUUUCAUGUAUU